AUGGCGGACUGGAACCUGCUGGGGAAGCUGCUGGAGAAUGCCCAGGAACACUCCACCGUGGUGGGCAAAGUGUGGCUGACGGUGCUGUUCAUCUUCCGCAUCAUGGUGCUGGGAGCGGCCGCCGAGAAGGUGUGGGGGGACGAGCAGUCCGGCUUCACGUGCGACACCAAGCAGCCCGGUUGCCAGAACGUGUGCUACGACAAGACCUUCCCCAUCUCGCACACCCGCUUCUGGGUGCUGCAGAUCAUCUUCGUCUCCACGCCGACCCUCAUUUACCUGGGCCACAUCCUCCACCUGGUCCGCAUGGAGGAAAAGGAGAAGCAGAAACAGAAGGAGCUCGCCGCGCAGGGCGAAAAGCAGCCGCAGUCGCCCGGCGCUAAAGCCAAGAAGCACCCGCUGAAAGACAGCCAGGGCCACGUGUAUUUGCAAGGCGCCCUGCUGAGAACCUACACCUUCAAUGUGAUCUUUAAAACCCUGUUUGAAGUGGCCUUCAUUGUGGCGCAGUACUUCCUGUACGGCUUCGACCUCAAGCCGAUGUACACGUGUGACCGCUGGCCGUGUCCGAAUGUGGUGAACUGCUACAUCUCCAGACCCACCGAGAAGACCAUCUUCAUCAUCUUCAUGCUGGCCGUGGCCUCCGUCUCCCUGCUGCUCAACUUGGUGGAAAUGUAUCAUCUGGGUUUCACAAAAUGCCACCAGGGUCUCCGUUACAGACGAUCGAAAACCGCCAACGAGUCACCCAAGGGCCUGAGUGACGUGGUAAUACCCUUCGUACCGAGCUACAAUUAUUUCUCGAGUCAUAACGAGCCCUUCCCGACGAACUCAAAGUACUGCAUGGCCGACCCAAACAAUCCUUUCAACCCCUACACCAGUAAAGCCGUGUUCAAGCAGAAUAAAGACAAUCUGGAUGUGGAGCGGAUGGGCAAAGAAGAGGAGGAGGACCGCUUUAGAGAGAUAGAAACGGCCAGCACCGUGUCAGAGCAGGCUGCCGAGGUUCAGUGCACGAACAGUCAGUCCAGCAAGCAGAGCAGCAAAAGCAGCAAAAGCAACAAAAGCAGGGAGAGCGACCUGAAGAUCUAG